AUGUUUAGGUUUGGACCCUUUAGCGUGCUCGCCUAUGUUUCUAUCCUUCUUGUUACUUCGAGAUGCCCCUCAGCUUUACCCGUCGCCGGAGGAACAGAUAGUCUCACUGUUUUCACAGAUGAUGUCCCUCCGUCCAUUGACAUAUCACACCACCCAUUUCCAGCGAGAUUAAACUUAGCCUCAGAGCCAAGUUCGAUCUGGCGCCGGGAUACUUCAAUGCCCGAUUGGGACAAAAUCGCUAAAUAUGCAAAAGAACAGUGGGGCAAUGGAAAACACAAGGUCGUGACGAACGACAAACAUUUUCCUCAGUACCCUGCAUUAUUGUGCGCUCCCAGUACCGAAACUGUUGCGGUAACAUAUACAGGACAACCUCAAUGUAUGACGAACAACGCCUCUUCCCAGGGUGUGUUGAGCGGCACUAGUGGCACAGUCUCCAUCUCUGUUGGACAAGGCUAUACUGUCUCUUCUUCGUUUGUACUCAGUUCGACUACGAGCGCUGAGCUUUUUGGAAGUUUUACCACUAUGACGACCUUUCCUGAUAUCACCACUGUAAUGCAAGGAUUUACAACAAGCGCUACUAUCUCUAAUACGCAGUCUGACAGUCUCACUGAGACUUACAAUACUAUGCAGACAAGUACACUCGUCAUGGUUUCCCAAACAGGGCAGGAAUGCGUGGCUACCCUUGUCGACCGUACAUGCGUUCUGACAGGCACUGGUGUACUCAAAUUGGUGGGCACAGGUUAUGUCGCGUUCGAAUAUACGAAGAAAGUGAAAGGCCAUUACAUCCGCAAGUCAUCGUGCAUUUACACUUUCGUUCCUACACUCAGUUAUCACCCGUAG